AUGGGUGUCACCGGACUCUGGACUGUAGUCCAGCCCUGCGCUCGUCCCGUCAAACUCGAAACUCUCAACCGCAAACGACUCGCCGUCGACGCGUCGAUCUGGAUAUAUCAGUUUCUCAAAGCCGUUAGAGAUAAAGAGGGAAAUGCACUUAGGAACGCGCAUGUCGUCGGAUUCUUUCAUCGAAUAUGUAAACUUCUCUUCUUUGGCAUUAAGCCCGUGUUUGUGUUCGAUGGCGGGGCGCCGGUUCUCAAACGUCAGACUAUCGCGGCACGAAAGAAGAGACGUGAGGGGAGGAGAGAGGAUGCGGUGAGGACGGCUGGGAAGUUGCUGGCGAUACAAAUUCAGCGACGGGCAGAAGAAGAACAAGCUAAGCGCGCCGCGGGGGAUGAAGAUGUGGAAGAACAAGAGCCGUUGGGAGCGCCCAAUUAUGUCGAUGAAAUACUCAUGACGCCACAAGAGAGGAUGCGAAAUCGGAAAUUUCGAAAGCAGGAUCAGUAUCAUUUACCUGAUCUUGAGACCGAUUUGAGCCAAAUGGGAGCGCCGGAGGAUCCCCGAAUUAUGUCUCAGGAGGAGCUGGAAGAAUAUGCGCGACAAUUUCACAAUGGCGAAGAUAUCAAUUUGUACGACUUUUCGAAAAUCGACUUUGAUAGUAUGUUCUUCAUGAGCUUACCAGCGACCGAUCGUUACAACAUCCUCAAUGCGGCCCGAAUUCGCAGCCGUCUACGUAUGGGUUACUCUAAAGAACAGCUUGAUUCGAUGUUCCCUGAUCGAAUGGCAUUUUCAAAGUUCCAGAUCGAACGGGUCAAAGAGCGCAAUGAUCUUACUCAACGAUUGAUGAAUCUUAAUGGCAUGAAUGGUGCAGAUGUUGCUUUCGACUUUAACUCCGGUAGACGUAUUGCAGGAGAACGCGGAAAAGAGUAUGUUUUAGUCAAGAAUCCUGACGUUGAGGGUGGAUGGGCACUUGGUGUUGUGGGCAACAAAGAAGGUUCGGCCGUUGAUCGACCAAUUGAUGUUGAUGAGUACGGCCUACCUGAUGUCCUUCCAGCGAAGGAUGAUGCCUUUGAAGAUGUGCCUAUCGAAGGUUUAAAUAGGCUUCCUAAGCUACCAUUUUUGCAAAAGGGCGUGUUUGAUGAGUCUGUAAGACGAGCAGAUAUGGGUCGAAGAAACGGACUUUCUACGGCACGUCAAGUCCAAGGAGAAGAUGAAGAUGAAGAUGCUUUGUUCUUUUCAGCACCUGGAGACACCGAUGAUUUAUUUGCAGACAACGAGGAUGAAGAGCUUCAGAAAGCGAUAGCCAUGUCUCUAGAACCGCAUCAGGAAGAUCACGCAGGAAAGGCCUUUCCUGUGGAAUCGAAGCCGACUACUGCUUUUGAUUUUGAACCAGAGCUUACCCCGGAAAGUGAUGACGAAGACAUGGAUUUUGCAGCAGCUUUGGCGCGAUCCAAACAAAGUCGACCAGAGCCCAAGCCCAACUCUGCAAGACCAGAGGUUGCACCUGAAUACAAGUUUAGUGGACCACUGCCAUUUGAGUCUCUCAAAAUCAACAAACGAGCGAAAGAGGAACUACCACAACCUGCUCCGCUCGACGACGAGGCAGGAGGCUUUGAGAAGCCGACUGAAAGUAAACAAAGCAAAGCAAAGAAGAAAGCCGCUGCUCUUCCGCCGUGGUUCAGCAAAGAAGAUGGAAUUAAGCAAGACUUUAUUGCUGAUGAGACUGAAGAGGAGCCUGAAAAGAAAUCCUACGAUGAUGUUAUUUUCAGUCAGGCAGCGGACUUGAAGCGACGAUCGUCGCCCGAUAUCAUUGAUCUUGAAGAAACAUCAAAUACUAAACAGGUGAUUGAUCUUGAGUCUGAUGUCGAAGCUGAGGAAGGAAUUGCUUUAGAUGUUGAGCCAAUUCCGGAAGAAAAGCCAGUAUUAAUGAACGAUAUUGCUGAGGAUGUUCGCGCAAACCCUCCAAACCCACCUGUUGAAAUUACGGUACCUCACGUACCUCCCAAGGAGGAUUCUGUAACGGAUGCUUCCGAGAAAGCGGUUUCUGACUGGGAACCUACAGAUGAUGAGCGAGAUGCUCCUUUACAGACGGAGAUGAUGAACAGCGUUGCCUCUCCAGCCAAGGGAUCGACGAUAAAGCCAAAGUCACCUUCGCCAGAGUUGGAAGAUGAGUUUGAGGAUGUUCCGCUCCCGCCCACUGCAGAAGAGUUCCCAAACAAUUCGGUGUCGACAGAACACGAUGCCGCAUUAUUUGAAGAUCAAGAUCAUACUGUAGUCGGCAAUGAUGACUACUCUGAUCCCGAAGAGGAAGAUCUCAUGCUGCAGCUCGCGGCCGAGACAGAAGAACAUGCGCGCUUUGUUUCUGAAUUUAACAACAAGACUCAGAUUGAGAAUGCCCGGGAUUUCGAGCAAGAACUAAAACAGCUACGGAACCAACAAAAGAAAGACCGAAGGGAUGCGGAUGAAGUAUCUCAGAUCAUGGUGUCGGAAUGUCAACAGCUGCUCCGUCUAUUUGGCCUACCAUAUAUUACUGCACCUAUGGAAGCAGAGGCACAAUGUGCUGAGUUGGUGACUUUGGGGCUGGUUGAUGGGAUUGUCACAGACGAUAGCGAUACAUUCCUGUUUGGAGGCACACGAAUUUACAAGAACAUGUUCAAUCAGAGCAAAUUUGUGGAAUGCUUCCUUUCGAGCGACUUGGAGAAGGAGUACGCUUUGGACCGAGUCAAACUAAUCCAGUUUGCUCAUCUUCUCGGAAGUGAUUACACCGAAGGCAUUCCCGGCGUGGGCCCAGUCACUGCUCUAGAGAUCAUCACCGAGUUCGAUAACCUCGAAGAAUUUCGCGACUGGUGGAUGCAGGUCCAAAUGGGAAUGGACAUACCAAAUGACCCUCAUCAGGGGUUCCGUAAAAAGUUCAAAAAGAUGGCGACCAAGAUCUUUCUGCCGCCGUCGUUUCCUGAUCGACACAUCGAUGAAGCCUAUAUCCAGCCCGAGGUCGACAAUGACCCGUCCGAGUUCCAAUGGGGUGUGCCCGACCUCAACGGGCUACGAAGUUUUCUGAUGGCGACUAUUGGGUGGUCUCAAGAACGCACCGAUGAGGUGUUGAUUCCUGUGAUUCGCGACAUGAAUAAGCGCGAACAGGAAGGUACGCAGUCCAACAUCACCCGAUUCAUGGCCGGUGCACUUGGCGCCGGAGCGUUUGCGCCGAGAGUGCGGGCCGAGGGUAAGAGUCGGAUGGAUAAAGCAUUUGGUCGAUUGCGGUCUGAAGCCGAGAGUCGCAAACGCGGUCCGCCUCGCGUAGAUGAGGCUGCACAAUCUGAGGAAGAGGAUUCUGGUUCGUCGCGCAAGAAGCGCAAGAGAAAGAGCCAGAAGAAGUGA